AUGGAUGCUAUCAUCGACGAUAGAGUCUACGUUGGGAACUUGGCCGCCGCGCAGUCUCUGGCCGACCAUCCCGAACUCGGUAUCACGCACGUCCUCUCAGUAUGCCCGGAGCACCCCGCGCAAGGGCCGAACCACCUCAGCAUACCCGUGCAGGACUCAGAGUACGAGGAUCUCCUCAUUCACUUGCCCGAGGCGUGUCGCUUCAUUCAGGCCGCUUUGGACGCAGGUGGUAAGGUCCUCGUGCACUGCGUCAUGGGAAUAUCGCGAAGCGUCACCGUCGUCUGCGCGUUUCGUCGGUCCCAGAUCCACCCGAAUUAUGGGUUCAUCAAGCAGCUCAAGGCAUUCGAGGAUAGCGGUUACCAUCCCUCACCCACGAGCGGACCGUACGUUUCCUGGAAGCGCCGACAAGCGCAAGACGUCACGAGCUAUCUUAACGCUGUUCACGACACCAUAUCUAUCAUACCCGAUAAACUCUAUAUCAGCAGUGAAUUUCCUGAUGACGCCACACAAGCACAAUCACUGCUCAUGGAUAUGGGCAUGACCCACGUCCUUACAACAUAUCCGGGAGAGAUCCCCCCUAGAUUGAUACCCUCGAACGUCCAGCAUCACCAUUUGGACGUCAGCGAAGCGCGACCCGAGAGCUUACUCCUAUCCCUCCCUAAUGCCUGUAGCUUCAUCCGUGAUGCCAUCGCGGCUGGCGGCCAAGUACUGGUAUACUCCUCCGCAGAAUGGAAAGCUGCGGUAAUUAUAUGCGCUUAUCGUACGUACUUGCGGUAUCAAACUGCACGUUUGAAGCCUGAAUCUGACGUAAAUCUCCUCCCAUCAGUAAUGUCAUCUCGACGUAUCUCACCGAGCCAGGCGACUUCCUUGCUCGAAAACGGCGCGUCCUUUUCCGCAACACGUGUAGUUCAGACUGAUAACUUACAAUGUUAUCAUCCUCCAGCCCUACCCCUAUUCAACCGCACUCGCAACUUUACUAAACAACUCGAGCUCUUCGCGGCCUGCUUGUACCGCCCAACCUCCGACCACCCAGCCGUGCGCGCGUACCUGGGCGAGAUCGGCGGCCAUAGGCACUCGGGCAGCAACAGCUCCUUGUCAAAAGACUCGUCUGCUGCUAAGGCAGGCGCGGCGGCGAUCAACGCGCUCGCGAACGAGAUCCUGGGCAGUCGCUUCGACGCGGCCGGGUUCAACGAGAGGAUGGCGCGGGUGCAGCAGGGCAGGGAGGCGAUCAUCAGUCAUGGCUAG